AUGUGUAAGACAGGUUCUACCAGAGUUACGGUGGGGAAGCUCGAACAAAGAGCAAAUCAAGAAGCAGAGUCUGCGUGGGCCCCAGAUCCAGUCACGGGAUACUAUAGACCUUCUAAUCGGACGGAUGAGAUUGAUCCAGCGGAGCUCAGGGAGAUGCUUCUGAAAAACAAAGCCAAGUCUUUCUGAUAACGAUGUUGACUUUUGAUUGGUUGAUUCCACGGUAGGCUGUCGUAGGCGAUUAUUAUGAUUCCGUUUGUUAUGUUUGGCCUUAUAUAUCUGUUUGAGAUUAAAGUUUUUUUGUAACAAUGUUUGAGAUUAAAGUUAAAAAUAAAAGUUUAUAAAUCA